AUGCGGCUAAUCACUACUUCAACAAUCUCCGCCAUCGUCUUUUUCGUCAUUUUCGGUCUCUUGACUUCGCUCGCCGAUGCGCAGGACCUACAGUAUGAAGAGGUAGAAGAAUUUCAAAGAAAGUUUUAAGUGGCCAUUUUAGGGUUUUGAUGUUGUAGUGGCCACUAUAGUUGUCGAAAUAGUGGCCACUUUAGGGUCUAAAAUUCUGUGGUCUUUUGAGAGAAGGGCUUUUACUACACCUUUCUUUGGAAAAGUUCUGGUAAAGCUUCAAGUGGCCUUUUAAGGAAUUUGACGUUGCAGUGGCCACCAUAGUUGUCGAAAUAGUGGUCUCUUAAGGAUCUAAAAUUUUGUGGUCUUUUGAGGAGCCGGAGUGUUUUUACUACACCUUUCUUUGGAAAAGUACUUUGAGAGUUCUAAGUGGCCAUUUUAGGGUUUUGACGUUGUAGUGGCCACUACAGUUGUCAAAUUAGUGGCCUCUUGAGGGACUAAAAUUUUGUGUGCUGUCUAGUGUUUUUUGUGGCUCCUCCAUGGGCCUUCUGUAUUCUAUAGAUUCCACUUCAGCGUCUCCUCCAAGUAGUCCUUGAGGGACCUCUUAAGAGACCACUAGAUUUUUUCACAGUAUGGCUUCUGAUUUUCGAAAGAUUUCCCCUGUUAUAAGAAAAGAAAAGUUUGAAAAUGUUGAUUUAAAAAAAUAAUCUAACUAUAGUUAUCAGUUUGAAAAUCCUGAAUUCCAUCCAUUUAUAUUUUUUUCUUCUACCUCUAACCAAAGAGAAAUAAAAAAAGAAACUCGAAAUCUCGCCGUCAAACGCAACAUCUUGAGUGAAGUCAUUUGAAGCGUAGAUCCUGUUCGAAACGCCAAUUUUGAUUUCGCUUCUGCUUCGUUUCCAACGACCUUUCAGGCGGAAAAGGAAAAGACAACUUUUUUCUUCUAUUCGGUUUUUUUGAAUUGAUGACGGCAAAGGUUGACUAAUAAUAAGUUCCUUUUAAGGGCAUGGAUUAUUUUUGGGAAAGGUAAUCUCAAAUUGAAUUGUGAUUUUUGAUCGGUUAGAGCUUUGCAGGAAUUUUAAAGCCUUAUGAGAAAAGUUUCAUUAAGAUCACAUUCAAUUCUUCUUCUUGUGCAAAACGGCUGCAAAAUGGCUGCUAGAAGGGUUCCGUUUUGCGGCCUUUUUUGAGCCUUUCUUGCCUGCAGGGCUGAAAAGGCUCAAAAAAGGGUGCUCUCGGCCAUUGAGUAUUUCCGAACUUAUUACUGUAGCACAUUUUGGUUCAUUCACAGUGACUGGUAAAGAUUUUUCUCACUUUAAAAAAUGUCGUGUUUUUCAAAAGGGUCCAAAAAGGGUAGAUAAAGGUCGAUGAAAGGCCGGAAAAAGGCUGUAAAAAGGAAACCGUUGCCACCCGUUUAGGAACAAUUAUUCCGAUCCAUAACGGACCCUCAAAGGGCCUGUAAAGGGUCCUUCCGACUUUGCCUAUGCUCAUGGCUUUUCUAGAAACCAAUCCUUGAUUUUUUCGAGAAUUAUUCAGUGUUUUUUUAGAACUGUAUCGAAAAUAACAAGCUUGCAAUGGAUCUAGUAGCACUGUGAGCAAUAUAAACCUCAAUAAUCCUACAUUUUCUUCAAUUUUACUCAAAAAUCUCUCAUAUUCAGCCCCUGCCAGCGUUCCCCGACGACAUCCUGAAGCGGUCCUUGUAUUUCGGAGAAAGCGGCGAGUCGCCGGCGACCUUCCGCGGGAUGCGGGGCUUGCGCGGCAAAAGAGUGCCCAUGAUCAAAGGCCUCCGCGGAAAACGCACCUACCAUCUUGUGUUCGUUUUUUAUUGAUUUCUCGUUUAUUUCAACAGAUAGAGAAGGUUUUUCUGGUUUGGUUACUAUGGUGGCCACUAAAAAGUUAAUUUCCUGAAGUGGCCACUUAAGAGUUUUCCUGAUUUUUAAGGAAAGCUUUCUUGUUUUUUGCUCAUCCAAACUUCUAAAAAAAUUAUUGAAACAAGGCUUGUUUCUAAUAGAUUUAGGUUCAUGGUUCUCAAUAGUUUUCAGAAAAACUUUUGAAAAUAUUUUUUCAAUAUGAGUAUUUAUGAUCAAACUCCAUGCUAAAAAAAAAGUCAAAAAAAGUGUUUUUCGGUUAAAAUUCACCUCACCUCCCUUAGUCAGGGAACUUUCAAAAACCUUUCGAUCGUCUUUUUGUUUCUAAUAUCCUUCUCAAAAAAGCAGACAGAUGCUAAAAAAAUCUUUUUUUUUUCAAAAAAUGAAUGAAAGGUCUGGACAGGUGAGGCAAAGGAGCGUAGACGUAAAUUUUUGCACCUUUUUCGGGGGCAUUUGAAUAAACCUUUAUUUUGAAGAUCCUCAAAAGGUUUUUGGAAAGGCCUUUCGGACUUUGUUUUCUUAUCAAAUUUAAAAAAAUUUAAGGAAAAAAAUCCUAAAAAGGAGUAUUUUUCAUUAACUAAUUUAGGGAGAAACUUCUAAAAAGGAUUAUUGUCUUUAACUAAUCAAAAAUAUACAUUUGGAUUCACUAUAAUAAAUAUUGAACAAACUGGACCUCGAAGAAUUCAAGAUUUAUAUUAUUUACCUCUACAAUUUUUUUAUUCCUUUCACUUUUUCCACUGUUUUUUUUAGAGCUUUUUAGCUAAAUAAAACAGUAUUUUUUUAUUUAAACUUAACUUCUAUAACUUUCCUAAUCUUGAAUAAAUCAUAAAUUUCCAGGUAG